GUUAGUUUUUAUUUAGAAAAUGUGUAUUCGUUACAUUAUAGUGAAAUAUAUCCAGAAGUUAUGAUCCCACUAAAGGGUCAAUACAAUGAUCACAUGUAUGAUACCAUGCAGAAGUUAUUUAUGUCCAUUAGAGGGCAAGAAGAAAGUAAUGGCACUAAGGGUGUGUGCGUGUGCGUGUGCUUACAAAAGUCAGCUUGCAAACAGUUGUCCCUUAUCAGGUUGCAUUCCUGCUGCAUAUCAUCAUUGGCUCCCCUGGGAAUGCUUUGUCUACUGUUACUCUGACUAGGUUCACGGUGACGUUCACCAACAGAUAAAUAAUUUAAAAUAAAAACUGAUUGUUUCAAAAGGGUCACAAUCGGGACAUUGGGUCGAGAUGAAGAAACUGAGAAGGAGGGGAACUCUUUGGCUGCAGUGCACAUAGCUGGAGAGGAGAUUAUCUGAUGUCAUGGCAGGAGGUGACAAAUAAUGUCAUUUAAAAUAGUGAUGUAAAGAGUUGAGCUGCACUAAAGGAGGAGGAGGAGGCAGGCGUGUGGAGUAGGGAUGAUGCUCCAUACUGACCCUUCUCCCAGAGGGCCGGUUGGGAUGUCAACAAGGUCCAGGACCAGCUGACGGGCUCCAGUCCAGCAGCUUAUUAGCAUCUGUUUCUGUUACCCCUCCACAGCCCGCCAUCCAGCUUUUAGGCUUUGGGGCCAUGGGGAUUGCCUUUUUAGGAGACACCUGCCCACAGCUGAACUCCUCGCUGCCCAACACAAAGAGGCUGUGUCUGAUAACGCGAUGCUUCCGUGUGUGUGCGUGCACACGCCGCUGUUGGUGAGGGUGCGUGAUUGUGUGUGGGACAACUUAUGACAAGCUAUAGACUUGGGCUCUGAGGGUGGGCAGGUGGUCGAGCUUCAUAUGUAGACAGAGGUCCGGGGCACAUCCACGUCAAAAGGCUGCUGAGGCUGUGUGAAGUUCUGCAGGAUGUUUUGGGACAAGUUAAUUUGUUCCGUUUGCAUUGUUCUGUGACGUUUAGUCUGCUGAGGUUCAGGAAGAACAAGUACGGCUGGAAGGAGGCAUCUAAAUUCCAGGAGGAGAUCUUUUUUUCAGCCGGGUGAGCCAACGUGAGCAGAGCCCAGUAUCAUGGAGAAAUUCAAAGCAGCCAUGGUUCUGGGAGCCGUUGGUGACGCCUUGGGCUACCGUAAGGGCCGCUGGGAAGGCUGCAUCUCAGGCAAGAGGAUCCAGGAGGAGCUGGCCUCUCUGGGGGGACUUGGGGCCCAGAAGCUGGAUCCUGACAACUGGCCCCUGAGUGACGCAACGCUGAUGCACAUCACCACAGCAGAAGCACUGGUAACGGAUUACUGGUGUCUGGAGGAUCUGUAUCGAGAGCUGGUGCGUCUCUAUGUUGAAGCCACGGUGUCUCUCCAGGGCAGAGCCCCUGAUCCUGCCACAGUGGAGGGCUGCAUUCACCUCAAACCUCACAACUUCCUGCUCGCCUGGCAUACACCCUUCAAUGAAAAAGGGUCUGGCUUCGGGGCAGCUGCCAAGGCCAUGUGUGUGGGAAUGAGAUACUGGCAAUCUGAGAGAAUAGACAACCUGGUGGAGGUCAGCAUUGAGAUCGGCAGAAUGACCCACAACCAUCCCACAGGAUUCCUCGGGUCCUUGACGACGGCCCUGUUUGCCUCCUAUGCGAUCCAGGGGAAAGCUCCCGUGACUUGGGGCCGCGAGCUCAUGAAGGUCAUUCCUCGGGCGGAGGAGUACUGCAGGAAGACCAUUCGACACAUGUCAGAGUAUCAGGAAAACUGGUUUUACUUUGAUGCCAAGUGGCAGUUUUACCUGGAAGAGAGAGAGAUAGAGAAGGAAGAACAGAACAAACCUUCCUUCCCUGAUUCCUAUGAUGCUGAGGAGACAGACAAAUGUGCUGCCUUCACUCUGACCUCGUUCAUACAGAUGUAUAAGCGCUGGAGCUCAGAGGGCCGUGCGGGACGCAGAGGUCAUGAUGCCCCCAUGAUAGCCUACGAUGCUCUUCUGGCGGCCGGCAGUGACUGGGCAGAACUGUGUAAACGAGCCAUGUUCCAUGGAGGUAAGAGUGAAGCCACCGGCCUGAUCGCAGGGUGCCUCUUUGGCCUCAUGCACGGCCUGAGUCAGGUUCCCCCAGGACUGUACCAGGAUUUGGACAAAAGAGAGCGCCUGGAGGAGCUGGGAGAAAAGCUUUACAAAGCAUCAUCUGCAGAGAAGUGCCAAGACAAACCAGAUUCUCGGAAAACCAGUAUCUGCCCUGAUGCCAGUAUGUUGAGGAAGUUGGUCAGAGACCGCAACUGCCGUCCUGUGCUCCGAGGGAUUCUGGAGAGUCUCCUGCAUUACCUAACGCAGGACCUGCCCAGGUGGACCACCAGCAACCGAGACCCGGAGGGGCCAGGGUCGGAUAUUGUCGUUGAAAGAAAUACAUAUUGGCCUGAUCAGAGAGUUGAGCAUCUUCAGGCAAGUUGCACUGUUGUUCAUCUCCCUGAAGAGCGUAAACCGACCAUGGGAAAGAUUGCUGAGGUAGCUCAUAUUAUCCCUGAAAAAGAUCCACAAAAAGACAGAUAUGGAGGAGAGCAGAAAGCAGGAGGAUUAAUACAACGCCGUCUCACCACAUUCCAGCUACUCCAAUCCAAAUUCAUACGGUCCACACCCAAACCUCCCAUCACCCACCAAAGGGAGGUAGGACCUCUGGCCUCCAGCAGAGGAGUGGCAGGAACAGUCAACCACUGCCAAGACAGUGAGCACGAGAUCCACAAGAAGGAGCGGACGAGACGAGAUCAUGGACUGAAGAUGGGGGGCAGAGUGAAAGAUAUCGUAGCCAAGUUUGCCGUGGCUGAGCAAAAAGAAAAGGGAGAGAACACGGCGAAGAGACAGCCAAUCAAACCAAUGACCGCCGGAAGAGGGAUCCUCCUGUCCUCCCUGAUGGAGAGGUUUGAGUCCAUGGCCACUGUUCAAACGAGGCGGGACUUUAAAUGUUCACCUGAAAAGCCGUCUGCAAGAGUCAGGGUGACAAGUAGUGUAAGACAGAGGGUGCCUUGUCACGAGAGUAAGCUCCGACAAACACCGGAUCAUACUGUUGACAAAAGAAAUCAACGCAAGCAAAUGAAAUGUAAAUCUGUGGGACGGCCGUUGAAAGAAAAUCAAACCACAAAUGUGCAGGAACCAAAACGACAGGCGGAAGAGGCCGUCUUAACAAGUGUCAACUCAAACCUGGAAGUAAAACAUCAUUUGAAAACAGAGUUAUUGGGACAAACGGGGAGGGAGCACUCGGAUCAAAAGUCUGAAGCUCACUGCUCACUAAACCAUAUAAAAGUUCAGGCUUAUGAUCACGAUGCUGGGGGUCAGAGGUCAGAGAAUAUGAUGAAAUUCAGACCAGAGAAGAAACUACUUUCACCAACAAGUUAAAAUAUGCCCAUCUAGAGCUGCUGUGUUUAACAUGCGUCCCUGAGCAGUCGCUGCCAGAGCCUCUCAGGCUUUUUCCACAGGUGGAAGCCGAAGUGAAGCGUCCUGUGGCGACCAUCGUGACCUGCUGUCCUGUGUGGUCCACGUGUGUAGACUCCUCUCCUCAACAAUAUUCUGUAGAAUCAUCAGAAAGCUCACAUUUGGAAAAGAUGCCUAAUUUAAGGACAGAAGUUCCUCAUAGAGCCUCAGUAAACAUGAGCACAGGGGAACCUUCCACUGCAGCUACUGAAGGGAGAGGCCCUUCAGGGCCCAACGUUGAGGGGCUUUCUACACAUAAAGGCCACGGCCACAUGGAGAACGCAGCCGUGGAAGACCCACCCGAAGCUGUGAGCAUUCAGAGAAGGUUGCCCAAGUACGUCAUCCCAUGUGUUUGUAGACAUAAGCAAGAUGUUGAUGAGUCCUCCCAUCAAUCUAAAACUCCUUUGGUCUCAAUGUCUCCACCACACUCUGAUACUUCCACGAUUGCUUUCAACACUGGAUUGGCACCGAGGGGAAGGGAUAGCUGUCAUCCUAAUAACGUGAAGGCACAAACCCAUAUAACAACAAAACAGAAACGAGCAGAGGGUGAACCGCAUGAACAAGACAGGGGGGUCGGGGAGGGAGCAGAAGAUAAGUAAAUACAUUUGACAUAAAAGACACAAGUCUUUCUGAGGACGCAGCCCGGGAGGCUGCGUUUGAAGACAGAGAGACAUCUUCUGGGACAUCGUCAAAGACACAACCCGAGAGAGACAAUCUAAAACAGAGACCCAAAUACAAAACAAUCAACUACGGGGAUCCUUCAGUCAAACAAACAUAUAAACCCAAAGUCAUUCGAUUUACUGACACCUUUACUUUCUAGGUUCUUGAUUGAAGUCUUCCGACACACCGGGACCUUUAUGAAUGCACCGGGACCUUUAUGACUGCACCGGGACCUUUAUGAAUGCACCGGGACCUUUAUGAAUGCACCGGGACCUUUAUGACUGCACCGGGACCUUUAUGAAUGCACCGAUACCUUUAUGAAUGCACCGGGACCAUUAUGAAUGCACCGGUGCGUUUCAAGCAAAUCUCCCCAUUUGUUUUCCUUCUGCGUGAUCAAUAUCAGCAGCAUCACUGCAGGUCAUCAAUGCAACGCUUUAACCCUUGUGUUGCCUUAGGGUCAUUUUGACCCGAAUCAAUAUUACACCCUCCCCCCGCCUAUGGGUCAUUUUCACCCGAUUCAAUGUUUCACCCUCCUGUUACCUUUAUAUUUACUAACAUAUUUUACCCUUUGGGUUCAAUUUGACGCCAGCAAUUAAAACCUCCAGAAAAUUCUUAGAAUUAAUAUUGUUUUCCAAGUUUAAGUGUGAGGCACUUUAUGUUUGUUUGUUGACUACCGAAAGAACACCGACAUUAAACAUUGAAUGGGGUCAAAUUAAUCCAAAGGCGGGGGGAGGUUGUAAUAUUGAUUCGGGUCAAAAUGACCCUAAGGCAACACAAGGGUUAAUAAACCCAUUAAAAUGUGAUUUCAGUUUGGAACUCAAUCAUUUUCUGUUGAUUUGCUACUAUAAUAGUUACAGCUCUGAUGAUAUUAGGUUUGAAUCAUUCACAAUAAUAUCUCAAAUGCAUUGAGUGAAAUCGAAUCGAACGUCCCACGGGUCGUCAUGGUGAUGAGGGACUCCUUUGGCCGCGCUGUAAGAACUGCUCCAUUCCAACUUCUUUCUGCACCUCAUCGCUGACAGUGAACUAGUGCUGAUUAGUGUUGUUAGUGUUGUUAUUAAACCUUGGUAUAAUAAUCUGAGUUGAACUCCAGACAUUUGGAAGUGAGCGCAGCUCUCUAGUGGGGCAAUAUGGUACUACAAGCUCCUUAAGAUAUGAUAGAGCAUCAUCAAUCAAGGCUUUGUAGGUGAGGAGAAGAUUUUUAAAUGUGAUUCUUGAUUUUACGGGGAGCCAGUGCAGAGCAGCUAGUGCAGGAGUGAUGUGAUCUCUUUUCUUAGUUUUAGUGCGUCCACGAGCUGCAGCAUUCUGGAUCAACUGGAGGGACCUAAGAUACUUAUUAGAGCAGCCUGAUAAUAAGGAGUUGCAGUAAUCUAGUCUAGAAAUAACGAACACGUAAACCAGUUUUUGAAAUGUUAUGUAGAUGAAAAAAAGCAGUCCUUGAGAUUUGCUUCACAAGUUUAAGGACAAUUCCAGAUCAAAGAUAACAGAGAUUAUUUACAGUGGUGUUGGAUGCCAGGGCAAUGCCGUCUAGAGAAACCACAUCACCAGAUAAUUGAUCUCUGAGGUGUUCAGGGCCGCGUAAAGUAACUUCAGUUUUGUCCGAUUUUAACAUCAAGAAGUUGCAGGUCAUCCGUGUUUUUAUGUAUUGUUGUCCUCCCAUUACAAUUGUAUAGCCAUAUACAGAUUCAGAAAAUCGUUUUGCUUUAAUGUGUAACUUUAUUUGUUCAUAUUAUUUAUAUUAACCAUCACAUUAAUUACAUAUAGCAAGUUUCAACAGCACUUUUCAUUGAAAGUAGAAUACAAUUCGAUCUAACUUGAGCAUCACGUGACAAAGUACAAAAUAAACUCUGACAUAGUGGCAGUCCUGUGGCAGCGUGUCACUUCUCUGACUGUCCAACUCAACUCAAAUGAGUUUGUCUUUAACCCGUCAAUUAUGUUUUCUUCCUCAAUAGUUGUAUCAAAAUGUUUCAGAAGUCAAAAAUCUAAAAUGUCACAAUCUU